GCGGGCUGGCAGGCGAGCGCGGGCGGGCAGGCGGGGGGCAGCGCACGGGCACCGCCGCCGGAUCAAAGCGGGCAGAGGCCGAGCGGGCGCGCGCCUGCCUGCCUGCCUGCCUGCCGUCCCCGCCCGGCCUGGCUGUGCGCGGCGCGGGAUCGGGGCCAUGAGCCCCCGGGGGCGCCGGGCCCGGGGAGCAGCAGCCGCCGCCGCCGCCGCGGGCGAAGGGGCGGAAGGAAGCGGCCGGCGGGCGCGGUCGGAGGGCUUCCCGGCGGGGGCUGCUGCGGCCGCCGCCUGAGCGCAGCCCGCGGCGACGGAACGCGGAGGCCGCCCGGCCGAGGUGGGGGAGCAGCCCGGGCCGGCCCCACCCACGUCCCCACCCAGCCAGGUCUGGGAAGCGGAAGCGGCGGCGGCGGCGGCGGCGGGAGAGGAGCAGCGCCGGCAGCAGCAGCAGCGCCAGCCGCCCAGCAGCUGCCGAGGCUGCAGCGCCGCGCACAAAGCAGCAGACAUGAGCGAGUCGGUGGUCUGCAGCACCCGUGCCACGGUGAUGCUUUACGACGAUGCCAAUAAAAAAUGGGUCCCGGCAGGAACUGGCGCCCAGGCCUUCAGCCGCAUCCAGAUCUACCACAGUCCUGCCAACAACAGCUUCCGGGUGGUGGGCCGCAAGAUGCAGCCGGACCAGCAGGUGGUCAUCAACAGUCCGAUCGUGAAGGGGCUGAAGUACAACCAGGCCACGCCCAACUUCCACCAGUGGCGGGAUGCGCGCCAGGUCUGGGGGCUCAACUUCAGCAGCAAAGAGGAUGCCAGCCAGUUUGCCAAUGGCAUGAUGAAUGCCCUGGAGGCCCUGGACACGGGAAACUCUGUGCCCCCCCUGCGCCCCACCCAGAACGGACCCACCGCAGAUGAUCUGGCCGAGCAGCAGAAAAGGCACCCACAGCAGCUGGAGAAGGAGCCGCCGGAGCAGCCAGAGCGACGGGGGCCCAUCGGAGCCCCUCAGGUCGCCCCUCCAUCGGGGGGCCCUCCGCCGCCCCCGGGACCACCUCCAGCUCCCCCUGGGCCGCCCCCGGGACCUCCAGGGCCACCACCGGGAGCCCCCAGUGGCCCUCCCCCUCCUCCUGGGCCACCCCCUCCGCCGGGCCCACCCCCUCUGACCUCAGGAGGGGGGCCGCCCCCAGCCCCUCCCCUCCCUGCUUCCCUGGGCCCCGGUGGAGGGGGCGGAGCACCCACCGGCUUGGCGGCAGCCCUGGCCGGAGCAAAGCUGAAGAAGUCGGGCAAGGAGGAAGGGGCCAAGCCCACCCCUGGUGGAGGAGCCCCCCCCAGUGCUCCCGGGGGAGGGGGGCUGAUGGAAGAAAUGAGUGCCAAGUUAGCCAGGCGAAGGAGAGUGGCGGAGCAAAGCGAGAAGGUCGUUCCAAAGAAGGAGGAAGCCCCUGGGCAGCAAGAAGACGCUGAUGCCACUGGUGCCAAGCCCACAGAUGCCUUCCGGAGACCGUGGGAGAAGUCCAGUACGACAUUACCUAGAAUGAAAUCUGCUGGAGCCAUGACGGCCGGGGAGCCCGCGGGGGGCGCAGGGGAUGAAUCCGAGCUGGAGCGGGUGAAACAGGAACUCCUGCAGGAGGUUCGGCGUGAACUACAGAAGGUCAAAGAGGAGAUAAUCCAAGCAUUCAUCGCGGAGCUUCGGAAGAGGGGGUCUCCUUAGCCCCCAGACCCAGCCGGUGCCACCCGGAGUCAGCAGCCUAAUUCUCCCUCGUGCGCAGAAGAGAAUAAAAUGGAAAAUCACAAAGGCCCCCUCCUCACCUUUCUGGCCCCCUCACGCACUAGACAAGCCCCACCCCCACACCCCUUCCCUGUCAGCUCCCACCGUGCAAUUUUGGGGUGGGGGGAAGAGGGACAAUCCGUGCUGGCCCCCACCCCAGGAAGGGCAGGACCCCCACCUGUGCCUUACCCAGAGCAAUAGCAGGACCCUCCUCCUGAACCCCCCCCCAAGGAAGGAAGCGGGCUCUUUCCCUGGUGGAAGGGGCUCCCCUCUCCCCAGCCCAGGAAGGGCCAGUCUCUCCGCUCCCCCUCCCCAUUUUUGGCUCUCGGUGUUUGGUUUCCUCCGCAUCACAGAGGGGCGUGUGCCGUCCAGCCAGAGGAGGGGCUGGCGAAGGGCCCAAGGAGAUGCCCUCACUGUUGGAGGCCCUUCCUUCUUGCAGCUUGCAAGGGCCAGACCGGGCAGUUCUCCCGGGUGGGGUCCCAUCUCCUACCCCCCCCUCCUGGGAGCAUUUCAGAGCCCCUCCAUCUUCCUCCUGCAGAAGAGGCGGCACGAGUGACGGGCAGAGCAUUGGAGGGCCGGUUGCCGGGGCUGCACCCUGGGAUGCCCCUGCCAGCCCCUCAAGUAGUUAGGAGCGCUGCUGCUCCUGGGGGGGGCAUGCCCCACCUCCAAAGAUGGCGCUCUUCUGGGCAAGGGAAGGGCCCUGUCAGUCCCACGUCCCCCCCCCCACGCUUCCCAAGCCCCUUCCUGCAUUCCAGGUCUUCUGCUGGUUUCACUCGGUUUUGUAACUUUGAUUUUAUGCAAGGGGAGAGGGCCCUUUUUGGGAUAUUUUUUUCUCAAAGGCCCACCCCUCUGGGUCUUUUUUAAAAAAAGAAACGUUCUUCUUCUUCUCCCUUCUCCCUCCUUCAGGCCAUGGAGGGGAAACAGGGCAGGCUUUUCUACUGAGCUGUAAUUUUUUGACUUUUUUGUUUUUGUCAAGCUGGAUAGAAUUAUUAUAUUUUGAUUUUAUUAUUAUUAUUAUUGUUAUUAUUACUGAUCUGCUGGGUAUCUCUGCCCGACCUCUUUCCACCCUUCCGCCUCACCGCACGCAUCGCCCGCAGACGGGCACUAGUAUCUCGGGCACGUGCACCAGACUUCUCUUACGAAUAAACCUUUUCCUUUUUUGUAAAGUUACAAAGCG